UACAAUAUAUGCCAAUUCAGAUGACGACAAACAAGAAAUAACACUUUUCUUGGAUAACAAUCCAAUUGAUUGUGAUUGUUACAAUUACAAUUUUAUAAAGGGCUAUCCUGAUAUUAGAAGGGAAAACCAGAUUUUCUAUAUUAGAAAUUAUGAACUAUUAAAAUGCACGUCAGGCACUCGUCUGCUAGACCUUACUAAACAUUUAAAUAUUAUUAAUUGCCCAAUGAAAGACUUAGUGACACAGGACUAUACAUGUGCAAAGGGGUGUGGCUGUUUCUGGAAACCGCUGAACUCUACAUUUGUAAUGGACUGUUCCAAUAGAAAUCUUACUGAUAUACCUACAUUUGUCGCUCCUAUUAAAGUCAAUAUAUGGAAUCAAAUUUACCGUGUCAAUAAUAUAGAAAUUAAUUUAAGUAACAAUAAUUUGGAAGUUGGUCCUUCCCCGCAAUACGGAUAUGAAAACGUGACCGAAUUAAAUUUGUCUAACAAUAAAAUUGGAAACUUUAAUUGGACGCCCCAAGAUAUACAGAAACUUCAUCUGGACCGCAACCAUUUAUCGUUCAUCAGUGAUGAAAUUUUGGACAAAUUAAAUGGAUCAAUCAAAUUGUUAACACUUGAUGGAAAUCCUUGGACAUGCAACUGUUCUGCGUUAAAGCUGCAAAACUUUUUAAUAGAUAAUAAUAAACAGAUUGGAGAGGCAAACAUUUACUGUGAAGACAGUGGAGUAAAAAUCAUACAAAAUAAUGAACUCUUUGACUUUAACUUUGACGAUUAUUGA